AUGGGAAAUGCAAGGGCAAAGCGUGUGCAACUGCAGGCACUUCGAACAGAAUUCGUAACUUUGCGAAUGAAAACAGGCGAACUUGUCACUGAUUAUUUAUAUAGGACCAUGGCAGUGGCUAACAAAAUGAGAGUUCAUGGAGAAAAAAUGGAGGACGUGAAGAUUGUAGAAAAGAUUCUUCGGUCAAUGACUCCCAAAUUCAAUUUUGUUGUCUGCUCCAUUGAAGAAUCAAAAAACAUUGAUGAACUGACAUUUGAUGAGUUGCAAAGUUCCUUGUCGGUUCAUGAGCAAAAAAUCAUCCAGCAGGACACCGAGGAACAAGCUUUGAAGGCUUCAAACUUUAAAAGUUCCGAUAUAGGAAAAGGAAAGUGGAAGGACAAGAACCCAUAUCACAAAUCAGAUGAGGAUUAUGCAUCAGAUACGCGAAAGGGUAACAACUACCGUCAAUUCAGAGGCAAUAAGACGAAUAAUGACAAGUCCAAAGUUGAAUGUUUUCGAUGUCACAGAUAUGGUCACUACAAGUCUGAGUGUAGAACUAAAUUGCACCAUGAUCGUGGUCAGAAGUCUAACUAUGUGGAAGAAAAGAAGAAGAUAUUUCUCUCUUGA